UUGACAGUCAAACGGAAAUCCUACACCUACUACCUGCAGCUUCAGAACGUUGACUGCGUGUCGGCUCAGUUCCGCAGACUUUUUCUCCCAGAGGCAGGAAGAGACAGCCGGCAGAGCUGUUUCUGCCUGCAGCCGUCGGGCCGAGCCAGCGCGCUCUUUCACGUCUGGGAGGGAAGUUCAGCCGCUGAAAACGGUGAAAUCAGCCGUCAGAUUUUAGGGCGUGCUGUCCGCUAUGUUGGGAGGGAUCAGCGAGCGGCCUGCCCACCCUCCAGAGAACCUGGCCUCACCCAUGUGAUGCGGAGCCAGAGGCCGGUUGACCUAGCAGGGGCCCUUUUAGGAACGAGGAUGGCGGCUUGUGUGGAGGGGGCUGGCCUGGUCGGCGCAGACAGAAGCCGACCAGCGUUUGGACCCCUCCGGGUGCUCGAGCUGUGCUUCGGUGCUUUUCGUGGGGUCCAACAACCUUACAACAUGCAUCUCUGCCCAGUCCGGCAGGACCGCAGGGCCCCAGCUGACCGGAGCCUCCGCACUCCCUGCUUCCAGCCUCUAGAGGGAGCACUGACCUUUUGUCCAGUCGGACUGGCUUUUCUCCGCCCAUCUGAGCUGCUGGUUGGUGAGAUGCUGUCCCCGUUUUCUUCUUUCCCUCCACCUCUUUUACACACCUUGGGGGAUAAGGAGCAGCGAGGUGAAGAUUGCAGCGUUCUCUGGAUUAACGUCAACAUUAUUGGCUCCGUCUCCUUCACCACAUACUUAGGUUCUGGGAAAGAGGAAGAGUGCAGGAAGGACGCAGGUAUGCGGCCGGCCCCUGCAGUCCCAGCGGCCGCCAGCAGAGGGAGCCGACACAAUGAGCUCUCUGUUGAGACUGCAUGCAGGUUAGCGCCGAGCGCAUCGGUCCGCUCCCCUUUCUCCGUUUCCUCCCAGGCCAGCCCCGGCUCUGAUCUAUUUCGGUGUGUUGUGGCUAGCAGGAAGGUUCAGUCGGGCUCUCCUCGUCGACUGGCUUUCUGUGAGAGGGAUAACACCUCCAUAUCCUACAUUUACAGCUCAACCGGGCCGGGAAACAUCUGCAACACUAUGGAUAUUGGAGAAUGUCCUUUUCGGAAGAAACGGAGGCCAUGGCGCAUGGACUUCUCAUCCUUCGCCUUGGUGACCGUGGCGCUCGCCUUGUGCCAAACGACCGUGGUUCGGGCAGACCCAGUGGACGUGUUGCGGGCUCUGCAGGUUCCCUCCCUCCCCGAGGGUGUAAAGAAAGUCCCUGGCUUCUGCACAUCCCGCCGCUCCAGCAGCCCUGACCAUGCUUACCGCAUCACCAAGAAGGCCCAGAUCUCCGCCCCCACCAAGCAGCUCUUCUCAGGUCGUUUCCCAGAGAACUUCUCCAUCAUGGCUCUGGUCAAGGCCCAGGCUGGUCUCCAGGCCUUCCUGCUCUCCAUUUACAGUGAGCAGGGCAUCCAGCAGCUGGGCAUUGAACUGGGCCGCUCACCCGUUUUCCUGUACGAGGACCAGAACGGCAAGCCAGCCCCUGAGGACUACCCACUCUUUAAGGGUGUCAACCUGGCUGAUGGCAAGUGGCACCGCAUCGCUAUCUCUGUUUCUAAGAAAAACGUGACACUGCUGCUGGACUGCAAGAAGAAGAUGACCCGCCCACUUCCCCGUGGCAACCACGCCGAGGUGGACACCAACGGGAUCACAGUGUUUGGAGCCCGUCUGCUGGAUGAGGAGGUUUUCCAGGGAGACAUCCAGCAACUGCUGAUUGCCUCCAAUCCCCAGGCAGCCUAUGAUUUCUGUGAACACUACAGUCCUGACUGUGACUCCCCUCUGCCCAAGACCCAGGCUCAAGACCCCAACACAUAUAAGAAGGCCCCCAACGGGAAAGCAGCUCCCACUAAGUCCACCCUUGUUAAAGCUAAACCCACUCCAGCUAAGCCAGCCAAGACUAGUGCAUACAAACUUGUUGUUAAGCCGCCUCUGCCUACCAAGGCCUCCAAGUCUUCAACAGCCAAGCAGCAGAAAACAAAACCCACAGCAGCGGUGAACCUUUUGUCUAAGAUCAAACCGACUGCAGCAGCUAAAUCCAAACCCACAGCUGCUCCGAGCAAGAAUGGAAACGGUAAACCGACUGCUCAAAAGAAACCAAAUGGCACCGUUAAACCCAGCGUCAACGGCAAUGGAAAGACCUCUGCAGCUAAAUCUAAUGGAAAGGCUGAGGCUAAGCCCACUGUUCAGGCCAAAGUGAAUGGAAAUGGAAAUGGCAAGGUUGUAGCUGAGAAGAAAAUCAACGGAAACGGAAAUGGCAAAUCAUCAGCUGAGAAGAAAGUCAACGGAAAUGUGAAAGCCACAUCUGUGCCGAAGACGAACGGGAACGGCAAAGCUGCAGCAGAGAAGAAACCCAACGGGAACGGGAAAGCUCAGGCUAAAGGAAACGGUGUGGCUAAAGCUAACGGCGGCAGCAAACUCACUACUGCGCUUGAGAAGAAGGUUGUUAGUAAAGGGGCUGCGAACCAGGCAAAAAGCGAAACCACUACUAAAACAAAGGCUGACAAAGCCGUUAAAGUAGACAAGACUGUGGUCAGUGCAGCUAAAGCGGCUUCCAAAGUAGACGCCACCAAGGCCCCAACAAAAGCAUCCAAACCAAAGCCUACACAACCGGCGAAAGCGAUCACGACCAAAGCUCCAACAGCAAAAACCCAAAGCAAGGCAGAGGUGAAAGAGGUCACCAAAGUUAAAAGUGUGGGGGCCAAAGUGCCUCUGGUCAAACCAACAGUGAGCAAACCCGUAGUGAAAAAGGUUUCCAUCCCGACAAAAGUAGCUCCAACAACAGCCCCAGUCCGGCCCACUCCUCCCAGACCCACAAAACCCAAGGUGAUGGUGGACAAUAAUGUCAAGUCCAAGAACAGGCCUUUCCCCCCGUUCGGCAAGACUGUGCUGGGUGGAACUGCAGUCCCAGGGAAGAAAGUUACCAACGGUUAUCAACAGGACGUAGACACUGAGUAUUCUGAGGCUGGCCACACCCCUACAGAGGCUGAUUAUUUCUAUGAGGAGAUGGUCCCACAGCCAGAUGGUGAGGUGAUUGGACAAGAAGAGAUUACCGUUCAGCCCCAGGUGGAAACAGCACUGGUCGGAGAGGAGGUAGAUGCCACCAAAGCAGGCGGUGAGGGUGAAGAAUUCUUCACUGAGGAGUAUGUGACUGGGGACUUGAACCUUAAGGAAUAUGAUUAUUCCUACAAAGACUACAAUGACCCACUACCAGAGACCAAAGAGGGGGAUGGCUACAUGGGCCCCGCCCUGUCCGCUGUGACAGACGAGGGAGGCGCUUCCGUUAGAGGCCUGAAAGGAGAGAAAGGCGAACCUGCUGUCUUGGAACCUGGAAUGUUGAUUGAAGGAUCUCCGGGGCCUGAGGGACCUGCUGGUCCUACUGGACCCCCUGGCUCCUCUGGACCUCCCGGCUCUGUGGGAGACCCUGGAGAGAGGGGUCCCCCUGGAAGAGCUGGUCUGCCUGGAGCUGAUGGAGUCCCUGGACCUCCUGGAACCUCAGUCAUGCUGCCCUUCCGGUUCGGUCAGAGUGGAGGAGAUAAAGGACCUGUUGUGUCUGCACAAGAAGCCCAGGCAGCAGCCAUCUUGUCCCAGGCUCGGAUGGCUCUGAAAGGACCUCCUGGACCAAUGGGAUACACUGGACGCCCUGGACCACUGGGAAAUCCAGGAAGUCCAGGUUUGAAAGGAGAGAGCGGAGAUCCUGGUCCUCAGGGUCCCAGAGGACCACAGGGUUUGCUUGGACCUCCAGGAAAAUCUGGCAGAAGAGGCCGAGCCGGUGCAGAUGGUGCCCGAGGGAUGCCCGGGGAGCCUGGAACUAAAGGUGACCGAGGUUUUGACGGCCUUCCCGGUUUGCCUGGUGACAAAGGACACAGGGGAGACACAGGACCAAUGGGACCAUCGGGAUCUCAAGGAGAGGACGGCGAGAGGGGAGAUGACGGAGAUGUUGGACCCAGGGGUCUUCCAGGUGAACCCGGACCUCGUGGUUUGCUCGGGCCCAAAGGUCCUCCAGGAAUCUCUGGACCUCCUGGUGUACGAGGAAAUGAUGGACACCAGGGCCCCAAAGGAAACCUGGGUCCCCAAGGAGAGCCAGGUCCUCCAGGUCAGCAGGGAACCCCAGGAACUCAGGGAAUGCCAGGACCCCAGGGAGCCAUCGGACCCCCAGGAGAGAAAGGUCCCACCGGGAAACCAGGUUUGCCAGGAAUGCCCGGAGCUGAUGGCCCUCCUGGUCACCCAGGAAAAGAGGGGCCUCCCGGUACCAAAGGGAACCAGGGUCCCAACGGGCCUCAGGGAGCCAUCGGCUAUCCUGGCCCUCGUGGCAUUAAGGGAGCUCAAGGAAUCCGUGGACUGAAAGGUCACAAAGGAGAGAAGGGAGAAGAUGGUUUCCCAGGAAUUAAAGGAGACUUUGGUAUCAAGGGAGAGAGGGGCGAGCUUGGCGUUACAGGGCCCAGAGGGGAGGAUGGUCCUGAGGGGCCAAAGGGACGCGUUGGACCCCCGGGUGAAAUCGGCCCGAUUGGAGUUGUUGGCGAGAAGGGAAAACUUGGUGUGCCAGGACUUCCUGGAUAUCCUGGAAGACAAGGACCCAAAGGAUCUCUCGGAUUUCCUGGAUUUCCUGGUUCUAAUGGCGAGAAGGGAACAAGGGGUCUGACAGGAAAAUCAGGGCCAAGAGGACAAAGAGGCCCAACGGGUCCCAGAGGGCAGAGAGGCCCAAGGGGGUCGACUGGUAAACCAGGAGCAAAGGGAACUUCCGGAAGUGAUGGUCCUCCCGGUCCCCUUGGAGAGAGGGGACUGCCCGGGCCUCAGGGAGCCAAUGGUUUCCCCGGACCGAAGGGACCUCCAGGACCACCAGGGAAGGACGGGCUGCCUGGACAUCCUGGACAGAGAGGAGAAGUUGGUUUCCAAGGUAAAAUGGGUCCACCUGGGCCCCCUGGAGUCGUUGGACCGCAGGGCCCAUCAGGAGAGACAGGUCCCAUGGGUGAGCGUGGCCACCCCGGACCCCCAGGUCCACCUGGAGAGCAGGGACUUCCCGGUCCCUCAGGGAAGGAGGGCACCAAGGGGGAUCCUGGACCCCCAGGAGGCCCUGGGAAAGAUGGCCCCCCUGGACUGAGAGGUUUCCCUGGAGAGAGAGGACUACCUGGAACUCCUGGUGGUGGAGGACUAAAAGGAAGUGAAGGCCCCCCUGGACCUCCUGGACCUGCUGGUUCUCCUGACCUGGCCCUCAAGGACCACCUGGACCCGCUGGAGAGAAGGGGGUCCCUGGUGAGAAAGGUCCCAUUGGCCCAGCGGGUCGAGAUGGCGUGCAGGGUCCAGUGGGUCUGCCUGGCCCGGCAGGAACCCCUGGUGGACCCGGAGAGGAUGGAGAUAAGGGUGAGGUUGGAGAGCACGGUCAGAAGGGCGCUAAGGGAGGAAAAGGAGAGCAUGGUCCUCCUGGUCCCCCCGGUCCAAUGGGUCCUGUUGGUCAACCCGGUGCUGCUGGUGCUGAUGGAGAGCUGGGUCCGAGGGGCCAGCAGGGGCCUUUUGGAGCUAAAGGUGACGAUGGAAACCGAGGAUUCCCAGGGGCUCCUGGACCAAUCGGUCUUCAGGGACUGCCUGGACCUCCUGGUGAGAAGGGAGAGACAGGAGACGUCGGACCUCUGGGUCCCCCAGGCCCUCCAGGACCCCGUGGUCCUGCUGGUCCCAGCGGAGCUGAUGGUCCUCAAGGUCCUCCUGGUGGUUUGGGUAAUCCUGGAUCCAUUGGAGAGAAGGGAGAGCCCGGCGAGGCCGGCCCUCCUGGAAUCUUAGGAGAGCCCGGAAAGAAGGGUCCUCGUGGAGAGCGUGGCGAGAAGGGAGAGGCUGGACAGCCAGGAACAGCUGGACCAGCUGGAGGACGAGGACGACCUGGAGACGACGGACCCAAAGGAAACCCCGGCCCUGUCGGUUUCCCCGGUGAUCCUGGUCCCCCUGGUGAAGUUGGACCAAGAGGUCAAGAUGGAGCCAAAGGAGAAAGAGGAGAGGAUGGCGAGCCUGGAGAGUCCGGCUCCCCAGGACCUCCUGGUGAGAAUGGACAAACUGGUCCUCCUGGAAAGAGGGGCCCGGCUGGAACAAGAGGACCUGAAGGACGCCAGGGAGAGAAGGGAACCAAGGGAGAUUCGGGUGCAGUCGGGCCCCCGGGGAAGACUGGCCCUGUUGGCCCUCAGGGUGCACCAGGCAAACCAGGGACAGAGGGUCUCAGAGGACUCCCAGGAUCAGUGGGCGAGCAAGGAUCUCCUGGACCGGCUGGACAGAAAGGACCACCCGGACCUAUUGGGCCGCCUGGUUUGCCCGGCCUGCGAGGAGAUCCUGGUGCAAAGGGAGAGAAGGGACACCCGGGUCUUAUCGGUCUGAUCGGACCCCCAGGAGAGCAGGGAGAGAAGGGAGACCGGGGUCUGCCUGGGCCUCAGGGAUCCAAUGGACCCAAAGGAGAGAACGGAAUGCCUGGAGGCACUGGACCUUUAGGCCCCGCCGGUCCUCCUGGUCUGCCUGGUCCUCAAGGUGUCAAAGGAGCUAAGGGUUCAACGGGAGGAGCUGGUCCCAAGGGAGAGAAGGGUGUACAAGGACCUCCUGGACUUCCUGGCCCGCCAGGCGAGGUCAUUCAGCCGCUGCCCAUCCAGAGGAGCCCCAAGUCCAAACGCUCCAUCGAUGCCAGCCAGCUGCUGCCGGAGUUCGACCCCGACACGCCUGCUUCUGACGCCGCCGGCACAGAGUUCCUGAUGGGCAGCGAGGGCAUGGAGGAGAUCUUCGGCUCUCUCAACUCACUCAGACAGGAGAUUGAGACCAUGCGUUUCCCUCUGGGCACCCAGGACAGCCCCGCCCGCACCUGCCAGGACCUGCACCUCAGCCAGCCGGACCUCAAAGACGGAGAGUACUGGAUCGAUCCCAACCAGGGUUGCUCCAGAGAUUCCCUGAAGGUCUUCUGUAACUUCACCAGCAGUGAGACCUGCCUGCACCCCCGCAAAGACGUCGACACGGCAAAGAUGAGCUCUUGGGACAAAGAGACUCCCGGGUCGUGGUACAGCCAGUUUGCCACUGGUAGUAAGUUCUCCUACGUGGACUCCAACGGCGACCCGGUGGGGGUGGUCCAGCUGGGCUUCCUGCGCCUGCUGAGCGUGCAGGCCCGCCAGAACCUCACCUACCACUGCCACCGCUCCGUGGCCUGGGCCGACCGCAGCGCCAAGAACAACCACAAGAGGGCGCUGCACCUCCGGGCCGCCAACGACGAGGAGCUGAGCUACGAGACCAGCCCGUACAUCAAAGCCCUGGUGGACGGCUGCUCUUAUCGUAAAGGCUUUGACAGGACGGUCCUGGAGAUCAACACACCUCAGGUGGAGCAUCUCCCUCUGCUGGACAUCAAGGUGUCAGACUUUGGGGAGAGCAACCAGCAGUUUGGCUUUGAAGUGGGACCUGUCUGUUUCCAAGGCUAAAAACACACCCACACUUCCACACACACCAUGCAGAGAACGACACACGCACACACAUGCACUUAGAGACACACCUAUAUAUAAUAAAUAAAGGAUAAGCGCCCAGUAAUUUGUAAAUUAUCUUGUAAAUGACAUGAAACACACACACACACACACACACACCCUCGCAGAAACACACAUGUACACGUGCAGAUGCUGUUGUGAGGCAAACACACUCGCGUACGCGCCCGGGGAAAGCGACACCCUCCCGGCAACUAAUGGACGUCAACAAAAAAAAAAAAAAGCAAAGAGGAGAGAGAUGCAGAAACAAAAGAAAAACUGGCGAUGAGGAAGAACACCGACUGGGAGCACGACGGACGGAGAAAAACCAGGAGGGAGUUCCUCAGAGUGAAACCUGUUUCCUUCAGCAGCGGCCAGCGCACGGCGUCGGCCUGAGCGAGCCCCAGCCCCCCGCCUCCGAUCCCCCUCUCACCCCUCUCUCCCCCCCCGCUGACUUUAUUCCACUCAUCUUUCCUGCUCUAAACCCUCCAUCCCUCCUACUUCCCAAAAAAAAGGGUCACACUCGGACAUCUUCCCACUCCUUUAAUCCCGCGUUCACUCUGCGAGCGACAUGGCCGCCGGUCUGGAGCUGUAGCAUCCUCUGUGUGGGUUCACACGACAGGCUUAAUCUGCUUUCUUAACCAGAACCGAACCUUCCAGCAGGCCUGAGAGUUCAGCUGCUGAGCGGUCCGGCCAUGUUUUCCUGGUUCCCCGGCUGAUCAGUCAUGUUGUCUCCAGAGUGACACUCAUCCCAUUUCCCACCACAUCAAAUGUACCCAAAGAAUCAAUGCCACCAGUUUCCAUCCAGAGAAAAGCAAACAGGGAGCCGCCAGCAUCGUUCCAACGGGGGGUUGUUUUGCUCCCUUUUCCAUCUCUGACUUCCACAGUGUGUAUCUAACCACCUUAAAGUCUUUUUUUUUUUACUGUCUAAAUGUUAUUUGCAGCUCAAACUGAUUAAAAAGAUCUGGUGUUGCAGCAUCCUUUGUCAGCGUUGGACAGAGAUAAGAGAAGUCGAUGCACAGGCCAGUGAAAGAGAAGCCAUCGUUUCUGAAAGCUGUGCAAUCCUUCAUGUAGUUGCAUGUCACUGGUGCCUUUAAAAAAAAAAAACACCUGAGUAGCUCCCUUUGCUUUUCCCAGCGGUUCCGCUGUACUGACUCAAACUGUGGCGAGGUGCUAAUCACACCCAAUCCUCCUUCACUCUCAUCUCUUUACGACUUCAACGCUUUUUUCUGGGAAAAUGUGCAUUACAUUCCAUUUGUACAGAAAUAGUGAUGUUCUAUUGUAUUUAUUUAAAACAAACAGGGUGCUUUGAGAUUUAAAAAAAAAAGAAGAUCCAACCAAUAUUCAGUCAAAUGUGGUGUUUCUCAGUUGUAUUUAUUUGCUGCGGCUCAACCGAAGCGACCGACCUGCGUGUUAGAAGCUCACUGCCAGCCUGAGUGGCGGCGUUUGUGUUCACGCCCUGUCCAAAACCUCCUUUUGUAAAACCAAAGAAUCUGUGGCCGUGUCUUAUCGUAACAUCCCCUCGUAGUGUUUUCAUCAACUGUACUGUGCUGUUCAAUUUUGCUUCCACUGUAACGAUUAAAUGGUGACUCUCCAGUGCUGUCACAUUUCCUCGUCCUUGCUGAUGUGUUCCUGUUUGAGCGCCACUUUCUCUUCUUUUAGUCUAAGGUCUGCGACCACAGCGGGGUCGGAGAAAGCUCGUGAGAGGGAGGGGGCAAAACCUCUCACAGCCCAGCUGGUGGGAAAAGGGAUCAUUAAAAAAAAUGGAGUCGUUUCCGACUAGGGUUCUGGUUUUAUUGGUUUGUUUUCUAUUUGUUUGUUUUUUUGUUUAUAUAGCAGGAAACUGGGGUGGGAUGGCCAAGAUCUAAACCCCCCUAAAAAAAGUUUUUCCUCCAGAGAGAAUGACCUCAACUAUUUCCCUUACUGUGUUGAAGGCAUUUCAACAUAAAGAUAUGGUGCUGAAAAGAGAAAAAAGUAUUAUUUUAUAAUGUCUGUAAGUAAUUUUUUAAAAAUACUUGUUUCAGUAAUAUAUAAUCUUUUUAAAAAGAGCUGCUUGACUCUUGUUUUUCUUCUGGACGCCCCUCACUGGAAGCUGUCUUUACUACGAAUGACCACAAGGUGUCGCCGUUUUUUCAGAUAAUGCAGCAAACGCUGGACAGUCAUGAGGAUGAAUCUGCCGUCAUCCAGAAAAUCUGAAAUCAGGAUUUAUUUGUGUUUGUGUCACAUCCUAAAAAUGAAAUAUAGUGUGAUGUCUUUGCAUUGGAAUAAUUUUCUUCAUUAAACAAAAUGCAGCUCACG